UUAUGUUAUUUUGUUACCUUUGUUGUCACUUGAAAACAGAUUCUUUACCAUUUACAUAUGGUGUAGUCAAUGACGUUCCCCCGGGGGCGGGAUCGUAGGUCGGUACUCUCACGUGAUAUUUGUUUACAUACAUGUACUGUUUUAGUGUAAAACACCAUUAUCAUGCUUUGAUCGUUUAUGAAGGGACAUGGGCGUGUAGUGAUGAGGCGAAUUAUCAGAACGGAUCUUCUGCUGAUGAUUCUGUUCAUCAGUCUCAUGAGCAACUUUUUUUGCCUCUAUUUGUACCUAAGAAGGCCAAAAUACCUACUUCCUGUCCACACCGAGGAAAACCGGUUGUGUGUUUACUUCCGGGGAGGCUUGGGUAACAAUAUGUUUCAGUAUGCUUCUACUUACGGAAUAGCUCGAACCAGGAACAUGUCGGUCGGAAUAACACCAGCGUCCAUAAUGUUUAACACAUUCAAUAUUUCUUCCCAAUACUUGAUCGGCAAACAGUUUUGCAAUGCUGCAGAAAAAGUCGUGGAGAGGAGACCGUGUGCAUACGACAGGGGCGCCGUCCUCUUCCUCAAAAGAAACAAAGUAAACUACAUUCAUAAGUCAUAUUUACAGUCGUGGAAAUAUUUCCAAAAUGUGGAGGACGAUAUACGACAACAGUUCGUGUUCAUGGAAGAUAUUCAAAACAAAGCUAGCGCAUUAAUAAGGACGUUGACCAAACCAUUCGCCAGUGAAAACCUGACUGUGGUAGGGGUUCAUAUACGACGGGGCGACUAUAAACUAGAGAAAAAUGUCAAAUAUGGCUAUACUCUAGCCACUGGUGAAUAUCUAGAUAGGUCUUUCAAAUAUUUUAGAGACAGAUAUCAUCCUAUUGUGUUCAUCGUCUUCACAAAUCCAAAUGCUGAAGAUGUAAAAUGGUGUAAAUACCAUAUUAAUGGAAGUGAUGUGGUUUUCGCGCCGGAAAACCCACGGGAAGUGGAUAUGUGCGCAAUUUCGAUGUGCAAUCACACCAUCAUGACUGUGGGGUCUUUUGGCUGGUGGGGGAGUUUUCUAGCAAAUGGAACCACCAUAUACUUCAAAAAUGUAGCAAGAAACGACAGCAGUCUCAGGAAGGACUUCAGCUCGGAUAUGUCCGAUUACUUUUUCCCAGGGUGGAUAGGAAUGGAAUGAGGCAGAGUUCUAUAUAUACAACGAUAGAGGUGUUCGAUUUCAAUUCUUUACAGAAAACACUUUCAUGUAGAUAUGUUUCUCUAUACAUGUACCAUUAAGAUAUAAUUAUAUAUAUUUUUUAAAACACCUCAAUUUUAGUUUUAUUUUAUGCCCUUUUUAUGUAUUUAUUGUUCUUUGUUUUAGUUCGUUUUACGUGUAACGCGUUUUGGGGGUAAUUCAUUGUCUUAAUUGAUUGAUUGAUUGAUUAUGGUUUUACGCCGUUUUGGCAAUAUGUCAUCCAUUUGAUUGUCUUUUAGAUAAAGCCCUAUAUAAAUGUACAAUAAUGAUAUAUAUAAAUAAAGUGUUCAAUUUGAA